UCUGAAUAUGUCAGAUCCAAAGCUGCCAGAAGUGCCUGAAGAAACUACUACACCUACUGGUGAAGGAGAGAAGAUAGUUGAAACAUGGGAAGAUCAACUCGAUGCUGCUAAGAACAACUAUUUCAUAGUCAAGAACACCAUUGACCAUAGAGAAGAACCCCUGGAAGUCAUGAAAGAUUUAUCUGUUUUCAUUGAGAAGGUCAUCGAAGAUCCUUCUCGUCUCGAAGAGAACGAAGAAGUUUGAGACUUCUUCUACCAAGAAUGCACCCUCAAUCUUCUGAAGAGACUUAACAAGGAAAAAUCGACAGAUCCAGAGUAUCUGGAUGCUAUUGCUGUUGUAAUGAAGCAAUUCACAAGGCUGUUUCUCAAAAGAAUCGAUAAUGACGAGCUUGCAGACCACAUGAAAUACGUUUUUGACCCAAAUUGUUUGCUCCAUUCCUACCAUUACCAGGAUACCCAGUCAGAACAAAAAAUUAUGGAACAAAAGAUGAAAGAACAAUGGAGACAUGACCUAAAAGUUGGUGACCGAGUCGAUGCUCUCAAAGGUGAUGAAAAGCACAAGUGCUGGGGAAUCGCCAAGGUCACAGAGAUCAGAGAAGACCUCCUAGAUCUUGAAAUGGAAGGAGACUCAAAAAUUUAUGACAAGAUAUUGAACAGAUUCUCUGGAGAAAUCGCACCUCUUGGGGAGUUCUCUAAAGACCAAGAAUGGAAAGGAGAGCUCAAGCCUGGCGAUGAAAUCGAUGCCUUUGAUAAGGCUAAGGUCUGGUACUCCUCUACCAUCCUUGAAAUCAAAGAAGAAAAAGAUAUUAACGACAGAACCUGGGACAUGCUUAAAGUCGGAUUCAGACUAUACAGGGAUGAUGCACAGAAAUUAGAUGACGAAGGUAAAAAGUACGAAGGUUGGUCAGCAAAAUUUGAUGAAUGGGUCCCUAGGUGGAGCCCAAAGGUAUCUAAAUUAUUCUCUCAAGCUAAGUCUAAGGGAGCAAGAGGCGUUAGACUUUAUGAAGAAACAGUCAUUGAUGACUCUAGUGACCCUCAACUUAACGAAGGAGAUGCUCGUAUCUAUGCUGUCACAAGACCUACCAGAUGUAAAUCAUCCUUAUUGACUGAAUGCAUUAAUCUAUUUGGAGAACAAGGAGGAUUUGAUCAGAUAAUUGCUAGAACCACAGAUAAAGAGAAUCCAAUAAAUCUUGAACUUCUUGCUCAUUACAUGGAAUUAAUGGGAAGGAUCUAUCCAAUGUACCACAGAGACUUCAUUGCUGAAUUUGCUCCAAAGGUGAAGGAAGGAGUGCUCAAUGCCAUCUUCAACGCUCCAGAAGAAAGCAUCAGAAAUAUCAAGAAAGAGAAGGUCGAACAAAUUGUCAGUAGACUAGGAGAUAUUCUCAAGAGAGUUAUGAACUAUGAAGAGAGAGAUAAAACUCUUGAUAAUCUUAACCUAAACAUUGCUCUUAUGUGCCUGAAGUCAAACUUCCUUGAGAGAAGGAUUCAUGGUAUCAAGAGUCUUGCUGAAAGUAUCAAAGGCCUCAAAUAUGCGAGAGGAAGCAAAAUGACUGGUGAAUUUAUGCUUGAGUGGAUUAAGAACAACAAAAUUCUUGAAAUCAUCUUUGAUCACAAGAACUACCAUGUACAGAUUGUCCAAAGAUCAAAGGAGAUUCUAAAAUUCUUGGUUACUGAAGAUCAGCUAACCACUGAGGAGCUAGAUCUUUUCUGGAAAGGAACCUCCUUUGAUGAUGAAAAUAGAAGAGAGAUUUAUAAUAUCAUUGAGGAAGUCUCUAGUGUGAUGAAAAAUCAUCAUGUGGUUCAAUUCCUUGACAAGUUUACUCAAGACAAGGAAGUCAAGAUCAUUCCUGAAGCUGUAAACUGCAUCUAUGAAAUGGGUAAAUCUUCUAAAGCCUCUAAUGAGCAUUCAGCCUCGGUUGCCGAGCUGUUAUGGAGAUUCGCAACUGAUGAUAAAAACCCAUUUGAUGUAUCUGAUAUUGCUAUCACUAAGCUAGGAGAUUUGUUGAAGAAAUGGAAGUUUAGCACUGCAAAAUCGUACUUUUACAAGUGCUUAGAUAACUUAAAAAGCCAUUAUUCUUCGAUUGAAUCUCUUAAGAUCCUAAAGAAGAUUAUCAACGAGGUUGAUUAUUCCAAAUUCAUCUUUGAUUCUGAAGAAUCUGGAAGCCUAGCAACUCCUGAAGAGGACAAGACCAACGAGGCGGAGAGCACGGAUGAUAAAAUCAACAGUGUAGCUGAAUCCAUCAUCUUCUUCAUUGAAAAUGAGAAUUUGAUUGAAGUCUUACUUGAAAAUCUUAGAUGCUACAGUAAAGUAUCUCAGACAAAGAUAGGUAAAGUGAAAGAUAAGUCUAAGAUCAAAGAGUUCAAAUUUGAAGGAAGAUAUGACCAUAAGACCAAUAUCAAAGAGAGACUUGACUUCUUGAAGUUCCUCGCUUCUAAUUCAACCUUCACUAUUUCAAGAAAAGAAGUUGAGAUUAUCUGGAGUUGCCUUGUUGAUGAAUCCCAAAUUGAUUAUGAUGAAGGAGCCUUGUUCAAAUGGCUUAAAGAAUCCUGUGAGAAGUCUUCAGGAACUAAUAUCGUAUGGGAACUUGAAGAUAUUGGAGCUAUAUUCAAUGAAAGAUUAGGAAAAGGUACUGGAGAAAUGACCUCUUUGACUCUUGAUGGAUUCUACUGCAUGCAAAGCUAUUUCUUACUAGCUAAUGAAACUGCUGAGAAUCUUGAAAGAAUAGUCAAGCCUAAGCCAGUUCCUGUCUACACAAGUUAUGGAAAUCAGUAUGGGCCAGGAUUUUCCACUUUCUCCUUCAAUAAGACAAAGAAGCAAAACAAAGAAGAGCCAGCUGAAGAAGUUAAUUUCCUGGUACUUACAGAGCCUAAAAAUCUCGAAGGAGUAACCAAUAUGUGGAAGAUCGCUAUCGAAUGCAGCAAUAAAGAUGUCAGCAAGAAGGCGACUGAGUUCUUGAUAAAACUUUACUAUAAUCUUUGCCCAAGCCUUGAAGAUAAAAAGAAAGAAAUUAACUAUGAAUGUAUUGAAACUGCAUUAGCUUUCCUCUCUAAAAUUCAGGCUAAUAAAGAUAAGUCUGAGGAAAGUAAAUCGAAUGAGAUCAUCAAUAUUGUUGGAAUCUUCAAUGAAUUCCUAGCCCAGUCUGAGAGAAAAGGAACCACUGGACUCAAGCAACAGAGAUCUCUCCUGAAAGGUGAACUUAUCAAGAAGAUCAAUAUCACAAAUUCAGUAUCCUACAACAAGCUUAUUGGCAGAAAGAUAGAAGUCUCUCUCUACAGUAACGCUACUGUUUAUGACAUCAAAAGAAUUAUUGGAGCUAUCAACAAAGUCCCUGCUGAAUAUGUCAAGCUAGUCAGAUCUGCCACUUCUUGUGAGAUUAAGGACAUUGAUAACGGUAAAACUCUGGCCGAGUUGAACUUUAAGACAAACGAGACCUUGAUAGCCAACAAACAAAAUCUUGGAAAUAUCCCUAAAGCUCCAUUACUCAAUAGGGAUAAGUCCCUUACUAAAGAAGCUCAGGAUAUUUUCGGUGAAUGGUUCGAUGAUUUCUCUCAUGAUGGGUUAAUGACUCCUGAAGAUUGUGUUGAAUUCAUCAGAUCAUGCACUGACGAUAAAUGCAAGACAUCUGACACCAGAGUCAAGAACCUCUUCAACAACCAUGAUCAUGACAAUGAUGGAAAGGUAGACAAGGAAGGAUUUGUUGAAUUCUACAGACUUGCAUGUGUAAAGAAGGAGGAAGUUGUUCGAUCAAACAUCCUAGCUCACAACUACAGAAACGACUUGAAGAAAAUCAGUGAUACUUGUGAGGAGAACACUGAUAAGACAGUUUUGCCAAGAUUCAUCCUUUCUCACGAGUCUAAGUACUUUGAAACUCUUCUAGGUCUCCUAGACAGACCGGAUGACUCCUCUAAGCAGGCUUGGGAUUUGAUCCAGAAACUUGUAACGAAUCCAUCGAUCAACAAUAAAAUUUUGAGUCUGAAUGUGAACAAGAAAGAAAAUGGAGAAUAUGACUGGGAGUCCCUCUUCGAUACAAAGAGUAUUUUCAAACUUCUUUACACCUUCCAAAUCAUUGAGAGCUUGAUUGAAGAAGGAAGUGGCUCUGAACAAGAGAUCUGCAAAGUCUACAAGAACAAAGAACCUCCCAAGGCCAAGACCUCCAUGGCUGGAGGAUAUGGUGCUCAAAUGCCAAAGAAUAAACAAGAAGAAGAGAAAGAUGAUGAAGAAAAGGAGAAAGAGGAAAAAGAAAGACCUGAAGAAUUCCUUGUGUCAGAACUCCUUGCUUCCAACCAGAAGGAUAUUGAGGAAGCUCUCAAGACUGAAGCAGAGACCAGAGAACUCAAGAAGACCUGGAUCUUUAGAUUCCUUGAAAAGAAAGGAUUCGAGUUUUCUUAUGACUUGUUCUCUAAGACCCAGAAUGAUAUUACAAAUAUGAAUAGCUUUGAAAAGAACUUCUUAGGAUUCUUGCUUAAAAUUCUGAAGAUUUUCAUAACAUCUGCUUUCCUAGCUGUUAAGCCCGAAGUAGCAAACCUGGUGAAUUUGGUCAAGAAACAGUCGAUAAUCAAAGAACCUCCAAAAGAAGAUGAUAAUGAAGAGACUUGGGGAGCUGAUAGUGAUGACGAAGAAAACAUCUACUCCACUCCUAAAGGAAAGAACCCUAGGUCCAGAAUAAUCAUGACUAAUGUUCCUGAUUCGAUUGAUGCCUUUGGAAGUCUCCAUGGAGAUGGUAAUGAUUUAGAUGGAACUGGAAUGAUCACGGAAGACUACCUCUUUGAAAAUUUAGAUGAUAUGGACUCUGAUAAAGCUGAUAACGGAAGUGAUGAUGACCUUCCGCUGAACAAGAAAGCAAGCUCUAUUAAAACAAAACCUGAUACUGAUGCAGUUGACAAAAAGAUUGAAAUGCUUGCAUCUCAGUUAAAGGGCGAUCUUGGUGAUAGAAUGCUCAAGGUUAUUGAUUUCAAUCAACUCCAGACUAUCGUCUUACAAUCAAUUGCUUCAAUAAUUGUCAAAGAAGAGAUGGAUUUUGAUGAGAAAAAGAUUGUUGAGAGCUCAUUAUCACUGUGGCUAGGAUGCAUCCUUCACAACCAAAACAUUCUGGACAACUUCUUCACUUUCAAAUGUAAAGAAUUUGAUGACAUCCAAGAGUUUAUUCUUAGAGGAAUUCUUUAUCCCUCACUCUACAGAAUCAGAGAGGAAUUCUUACACACUCUUUUCUUGUUUGCAACUAAAAUUACUGAGACUCAAAUAAACACCUUUGAGUACACCCUCAAAGCCAUGCUGAAUAAGCUUCCUAAGGAUAAUGAUGGCGAGGAAGCAUGCACCUCUCAGUACUUCGAGCUAGUCUCGAAAUUAAUUGAAGAGUACUUCAUCAGAGUAAAGCAAGGAAAUGUCAACAAGGAGAUCCUUGACGCUACGAAAUUCUUCACCGAAGUAAUCGCAAAGAUCAAAUCUCACCAAUCAAGAGAGGUUAGAAACUCUCUGAAACAAGAUGAGACUCUCAUUGGGUACCUUAAGAUAGCUCACAUGGUACUCGAGAGAGGAGGUCUUGGAGAAUGAGUUGAUAUUGCUAUUGAGAACAACUUCAUCACAGAACUCUUUAGAAGAUGUCUCUUCCCAAAUAACAUUGCAGUCUCUGAUGAGGAUGUCACAGAAGGAACUGACCUUGCUUCUUCAUUACUAGGUGGAAACAAAUGUAAGACUGAGGAGAGCAGGAAGUGGGCAUAUAAACUACUUUGGACUCUAUGCAACAACUCGAUUGAACUUCUCAAUGAGCUGAUUGUUAACCAAAUGCAGCCACUCUGUAAACAGAUCAAAUUACACCCAUCUUGGAUGUAUACUCCAUCUGGAAGCACAAGAAAAGGAAAGUAUAGCGGAAUCAGAAACUUAGGAUGCAUCUGUUAUAUGAACUCAAUGCUUCAACAGUUGUACCAUGUACCAUCUUUCAGAUAUCAACUACUUCAAGCUGAUGAUGGAGCUGUUCCUGAGUGGGUAGAAUUUAAAGGAAGAACUAUUGAUGAUAAUGUACUCCAUCAGCUUCAAAGAUUAUUCGGUCACUUAGAACUCUCUGAGAAGGUAGAUUACAACCCAUUCGAAUUUUGCUUCUCCUUCAAGCAAUUAGAUGGGCAGCCCACAAAUACUUCAGUCCAACAUGAUACUGAAGAAUUUUAUAAUAUUCUCUUUGACAGAAUUGAGAAUUUGAUCAAGCCAACUCCUCAAAAGUAUCUCUUCAACUCUACUUUCAACGGACAAAAUUGCUCUCAAAUGGUCUGCCAAGAAUGUGGAUUUGCUCGUAACAGAUUUGAAGACUUCUACAAUGUCUCUGUUACAGUCAAAGAACGUAAGUCACUUGAAGAGUCUAUCAAAAAGACUCUUGAAGGAGAGGUGAUCUCUGACUACGAAUGCCCUGGAUGUAAGAAAAAGGUUGAUAUCACAAAGCGUACGCUCUUCUCGAAAUCUCCAAAUGUACUAGUCGUCCAACUGCAGAGAUUGAUCUUUGAUUUCAAUACUUUCCAGAACCAAAAGGUGAAUACCCACUUCGAAUUCCCUGAGAACUUAGACCUGAAGCCUUACAGUAUCAACCACGUGAUGAAGGAAGAAGGAAAACUCACUGAUAAAGAAUUAGGCAAGGUCGACCCUAACGCUGAAGAAUCUGAUGAAGAGGGUGAAGACCAAUAUGAAGGUCUCACCGAAGAAGAAAAGAAGGAAAGAAUAGAAGAGAGGGAACUCUACCUUAAAAAUGUCAGAGAAAAUGAAACUGAAUGCUAUGAAUAUAAGCUUGUAGGUGUCAUCAUCCAUGUUGGAACUGCAGAUGCUGGCCAUUAUUACUCCCUGAUUAACACAGAUAGAUUCCAAAAAGAGAAUGAGCAUGAAGAGGAAUGGCUCGAUACCAGUAAGGACAAGUGGAUGGAGUUCAAUGAUUCCAGAGUCAGCGAUUAUAACUUUGAAGACCUUAAAGGAGAUUGCUAUGGAGGAAGCUCUGGCGGAGACGACUGGUUCGGAGGCAUGUUCAAAACCGCAUCUUAUGGUAAGAGCGCUUAUCUCUUGGUGUAUGAAAAGAGAUUCAAGAAACCUAUUAAAAUUUUGAUCCCUGAAGAGAAUGAAGGGGAAGAAGGUAAAGUAAACAAGACUGUGAUCCCACAAAAUGCUGAAAUUAAGACUGACCCUAAAACUAAAGAAAAAUACUACCAAAUCACCAUGAAAGAGGCUAAAAUGUUUGUCCCUAAUAAGAUCUAUCAAGAGAUCUGGUCAAAAAAUUUGGAAUUCUCAUUUGAGAAGCUUAUUUACUCAAAAGAAUUCUAUGAAUAUGUCAAUGAGUUAAUGAUUGGAACUCUUACUUUCAAGGAAAAGCAAAAUAGUCUGCCAGACACUGAAAAAGAGAAGAUUGAUGAGGUCAUUAGCAAUGUUGCUACAGUUGGAAACAAGAUUGUUUAUGAGGUCCUUGUAAAGGCUUAUCACAACCAAAAACUCCCUCAGAUUGCAGAUACUCUCUGUCAACUCUAUGAAGCCUCAGAUAAAGCUGUGUUGACCACGAUGGAGUAUAUCCUUCAGGGUGAAAAUGACGACAGUCUAUUGUAUGUAUUCAAAAUAAUGCUGGAAUGUAACGAUAAAGUCUCAAGAAAUGCUGCUGCCAAGCUCACUUCGACACUAGUCAACAGAUGCUUCGAGAUUGAAAAAGAUUAUAUCAAUGAGACUGAAAAGGUUACAAUCAAGGUAGUUGAGGACCUUAUUUCAACUGGGGAUCAAGACAAAGAAGAACAAGAAGUUGAGAAAGAAAUUAUCAGACCAAAGUCAAUGGCUGUCAGAUUCUACGAUCUUGCUCUAAAAGCUCUUAGAGAAAAAGGACCAACAUACUGGACUAAGUUUGAGCAAUACCUUAGCAUGCUAAGAAAUAUUAUUACAGGUGGAGAGAUUCAGAUCAACCAGGCAAUGGAAAGAGGUGGAAUCAUUGGAUUCAUUGACUUUAUGCUUGCACAGAGCAGUCCUCUAUAUAAGAUCGGAGAAAAGAGGACUAAAAUGGGAAGUGCAUACUCUGUUCCAAAGUUCGGGCCUCUUCUUGAAGCAGUAUCACAUCUCAUAGUUAGAUGCUAUACACCUGAAUUUAACAAGGAGUCUGAAGUAAAGCCAGCCACAUUUAACUCAGAAGCUUCUGUACACUAUGAGCUUAAGGAAGAAGAUAUUAAAACCUUCUUGCUUCAUCCUGAAUUCCUGAAGAUAUCUCUUGUUAACUCAAAUGUAAUGCUUGGAAAGGCAUUUGCUCAUAUUUCAUUUAACAACCUUGAAGUAUCAAAGGAGAUUGGAAAGGUGAUCAUCAAGACAAUCAAUUCCACUGAUUACGAAAAGAUCCAAAACUGUAUGGUUGUUGCAAAGCAAUACCUCUACAUUCAAGACCCAUACCAAAGAAACAGAGCUGAAUGGAUUCUAGGAUUUGGCUGUAUCAAUGCUAAGUUGACUAACCCUGAAGGGAUCCCAAGAUUGGGGGUAUCCUACUGUCAUAGUAUUGUUGAUGAAGUAUACCAAUACAAGUGCCCAUUAGACUUAAACGGAAGAGAAAAUUCAUUAUUAGCCUUGUUAGCAAGAUACAGAGGAAAAAUGGAUCUCUACGUUGUAAACUGCCUCAACAUUCUCUUCGAUAUCAUUGUCGGAAGUGACUUCCUCAGUGAAUACAUGUUCAACCUCGACCCAUUGACUUAUGAAUCUGCUAGAUUCACAGAUUGGAUCAGACCUUAUCUCCAAAAUGAGUUGGAGAAGACUUCCAGAGUUAUCUCAGUCUACAGCAAGAAUAACAAGAAAGAAGAAAGCAUCAAGAAGUGCUUUGGAUAUCUCGAAAAAUAUGAACAUAAACUCAGAAAUUAUAACAGAAAGCUCCAAGGAUUGCCUCUAGAAGAGGAACCAUCCAAGACUGAAGAGAAGAAAGAAGAGACUAAAGAACAGAAGGAAGAAAACAAGGAUUCUAACCAAGAAGAGCAGAAAGAGCAAGUCCACGAACUUAUUGAAGCAAUUCCAAAGAGAUAUCUGAUCAACUGCGCUACAAAGAUAGAGAAGAUUUAUGAGGAAGCCAGAGAAGAGGACCAAAUUGCUAUCAUUGUUCAUAAAGUCUACUGUGAAAUUGCUGAAUCUCAGCCAACCUAUUUUGGGAAUAAGACCUUACCAAGCUAUGCCUUCUAUAAUGCAAAGACUGAAGCUGCUGAUUAUGAGCAAAAGCAUCUGAGCUCCAUUGAAGAUACUACAGCAGCCGAAGGAGAUGAUGAGCCAGACAAAAGAGAAGGCAUGCCUAAGGAAAGUGUCUCAAAUCUGGACGAUGAUAUCCAAAUUGGAGUCAAUAAGGAAUCAGCCAGCAAUGGCCAAGAAGAAGGAUCAGACUGGACCCUCCCUAAGAAAGAGGCUGACUUUGUUAUGGUAGCCUCUGUGAUCAAUAACUUUACCAAGACAAUGGUAGUUGACCUGCAGCUAAUCUGCGAGGAUGACCUCAGCAGAGAAAACAUUAAAGCACCUGUGAGCACUAUCGAGUCCUCUAUCAAGCCUCUGACUCAAGAAAUGUGGAUGGUGUUGCAUAAGGUUGACCCAGACAAAGAUUGGGGUAAUUUCAGAUUCGAAUGGAGCUUCAAAGAAAGAAAGGUUGAACACAGAAGUGUGAACCAGCUUUCGUUUGACGAUAGAGUAAGAAAUUUCUCCAAUUUGCAUUACAUGACAUAAUUACUCAAGCAUCUUUGAUAAAAAUUACUCUAUUGAUUCAAAC